AUGAACGCGCGACUGCGCAGCAGCAACAGUCUUUGAGGGGAGAAAAUCUGGUGAUUGUUAUUUCUAGUUUUUCUAUAAACACGGUGGACUGUAGACCUGCGCGUGAUUGUUCAUACAAGUUUUUACUUAAAGUAUUUUUGAUUAUAGUUAUUCUCCCGUUUGUGCGUUCUUGUGAGAGCAGGCUAUAAACUUCGGAUGAUUUGGAUAGAAUUUUUUUUUUUUUAAAUCUCUUUGGGGAGUUUUUUUUUGUUGCUUAAAAUCCUGCAGUGGAUCACCUGUACAGACAGUACAGACAGUACAGACAGUACAGACAGUACAGACAGUGUGUGGACUGAAGCAGAGAAAACUCAGCAUCAGACUGUGGCUUCAGUCGGACCGACGAGCCUCCGGUGCCAACGCCUUUCUCCCCCCUCUCUCCCUCUCUCUCUCUCUCUCUCUCUCUCUCUCUCUCGGCUGGGAAACUUCAGCUCGCACUGGGCUCGUUUUGACGGAGGUUCCCUUCAACUCAUGAGCUGCUGAAACCACACAAUCCGACACUCAAAGAAGUAGUGUGAGAGAGUAAAAUGGGCUGCACGAUCAGCGCCGAGGACAAAGCCGCGGUGGAGAGGAGUAAAAUGAUUGACAAAAACCUGCGGGACGACAGGGAGAAGUCCUCCAGAGAAGUCAAGCUGCUUCUGCUCGGUGCUGGGGAAUCUGGGAAAAGCACAAUCGUAAAGCAGAUGAAAAUCAUUCAUGAAGACGGCUACUCAGAAGAGGAGUGCAAGCAGUACAAAGUGGUGGUGUACAGCAACACCAUCCAGUCCAUCAUGGCCAUCAUCAGGGCCAUGGGCCGGUUAAAGAUAGAUUUUGGGGAUGCUGCGCGGACGGACGAUGCCCGCCAGCUGUUUGUCCUGGCGAGCUCGGCGGAGGAAGGGGUGAUAGCGGCAGAGCUGACCGGCGUGAUUCGGAGACUGUGGAGCGAUGCCGGAGUUCAGGCGUGCUUCGAUCGAUCACGAGAGUACCAGCUCAACGACUCCGCUGCAUACUACCUGAAUGACUUGGACAGGAUCUGUCAGCCGAGCUACGUCCCGACUCAGCAGGAUGUGCUACGUACGCGUGUGAAGACCACUGGCAUCGUGGAAACUCACUUCACCUUCAAAGAUCUCUACUUCAAGAUGUUCGAUGUCGGGGGUCAGCGCUCGGAGAGGAAGAAGUGGAUCCAUUGUUUUGAGGGAGUCACAUCGAUCAUUUUCUGCGUAGCGCUCAGUGACUAUGACCUUGUGUUGGCUGAGGAUGAGGAGAUGAACCGGAUGCAUGAGAGCAUGAAGCUCUUCGACUCCAUCUGCAACAACAAGUGGUUCACGCUGACCUCCAUCAUCCUCUUCCUCAACAAGAAGGACUUGUUUGAAGAGAAGAUCGGCAGAAGUCCGCUCAAUAUCUGCUACCCCCAAUACCCCGGUGGGAACUCAUACGACGAGACUGCAACUUAUAUCCAGUACCAGUUUGAAGACUUAAACAAGCGAAAGGACACCAAGGAGAUCUACACCCACUUCACUUGUGCCACAGACACCAAGAAUGUGCAGUUUGUGUUCGACGCUGUCACUGACGUCAUCAUCAAGAUCAACCUGAGGGAGAUCGGGCUGUACUAAAGCUUCAGGCCAUGUAGGUGUCAGGAGUAGAAUCAGGACUUCUGCACUGGUAUGUCUUGUCUGCAGAGGGAUAAUUGGAAAGUAGGUGUUACUUAAGGACUAAGCCGAAGGCCGCGCUGCAGGCAGGGCCUAAAUUCCACAAUCUGGGGACUUGAUUCUACGAUUAUUUUUGUCUUAAUAGACGUCAUGAUGCAGAGCACACUGGGAGAAAGUGAUGAGUGGGGGAGGCUUGUGAAACAAUCACUGUGAGAACUGUGGAGUCCUGUCAUAUUUAAGACCUGUGCAUCAGUCGGGGAGGGGCUGGCAGGGAAAGCCCCUCUGAUAUCUCUGACACAUUUAUAGUCUGUCAUAUGUACAAGGACCAAAACAGAGUGUAUCAAACCCAUCACUGCAUUUCACAGUUUCACAGCGGAUAUGUAAAUCCCGUUCACUUUUAUUUCUGUUGCAUCUUCUCCUAGCUUUAGUCUAUAUCACAACAUGGCUUUCAUUGAAUAUUUGUUAUAUUUUAAUUUUUGAGUUGCAGUUAUUUAGUAGUUCCACUUUUGGAUGUGUGAAUGCAUUGCAAUAACUUAUGUAUGGAGAAGCGUUUUUGUUUUUUUUUGCAGUUUUGAUGUAUAUAACGUAACGUUUUGGGUCUGGGAUUAGUGAGUGUAAUGAAGUUAAUGCAACAUGGCUGUCUACAUAGUUAGAUAUUAACUAGACAACAUUGUAUUGAACAAUAUUUUUUAUACAUGAGACACAUCACUGCAAAUCAAUUUAUCAAGGAAGACUUGAUUGUCCUGUGUUUUUUUUUCUCCAUAGGAGGUUUUAAUAUGACUAAUAUAAUACACUCAGUGGAGGUCAAUAUAGAAUAUCGGGGUUUUCUCAAGGUAUUUUUUAAUGCUAUGGAUAUCAGUGAAGAUGUAUACAAACACAUUAAACAUAAAAAGUUUGAAAUAGCCAGAAGCUGUAUUUGUUUUCUUUGGCUGCAGCAAUCCCAUAAUACUGAGGAAGUCUGUUGCUGAUAUACAGAAUACUGUAGUGGAGCACCGUUUGGUUCAGGUCAGUCACUUCCUACAAAUGAGAAAUCCUGGUAGAAAACAUUUCCGAAUGUUUAACUCUAGCUUUCUGUACUUUGCUGCAGUUGUAUUGGUUCGCUUUAACAUCAUUAAAUGGUGGCACAAAGUUGUAUUCCUUUCCCUCUAUUUUAAAGACUAAACCAGAAUCUUACCACAGGCAACAUCAAUCAGAUGCUCCCCACUGGUCCAGAUUUAUGAAGGCCUAGUCUCACCUAGACCAUGCAGGGAAGGAGGUCAUGCAAAUUGAAAAUGCUAUUUGUAGACUUUAGACACAUCUGUAUGCUUGAGCUGAGGACUCAGUUUGUUCCAGCGGCUGCACACACCACAGCCCUCCAAUAUGUCCUCAUUGUCCCACCUUGUAUGUUGUGUAGAAUAACACUCCAUAGAAACGUAUUACUGACGAGUUAUCGCAACGUAUACUCAAACUGCUUUCAAUCUCCAAGUCAACAUGAGAGCAUGAAGGGACAGAUUCUUCAACGCAACAUACGUUUUGAGCCCCAAAUCCUCAAUUUGUGCAGUUUCAGUUUAAAAGAUGAGGCUGAUGAUAUUCUGUUUCUUUUUCUCAACAAAUCCCAUAGAAAGACUGAAACAGUGUGUUAGUCCUUCUCUCAGGUGUUCUCGACUUCCCAACUCUGUCUGUAGCACUCAGCCCCGAGCCCAUUAGUUCCUACUGAAGAUGUAAAUCUUUAAAAACAAGUCACACAUGUACAGUUUAUUCUUUAAAAAGG